UCUCUCUCUCUCUCUCUGUCUCUCUCUCUCUCUAUCUCUCUCUCUCUCUCUCUCUGUGUCUCUCACAUGGAGAUUCUCACUUUACUGUUUGCUGUGCCGGUUUUCUAUUUGGUGUUCAUGAUCUGGAAGUGGGUCGAUGAGAAAAGAGAUAAAGAAUGCUACAUUUUGGAGUAUGAAUGCCACAAGCCGGCGGAGGAGAGGAUGCUGGGGACGGAGUUCUGCGGGGAGCUAAUGAAGAGGGCGACGAAUCUUGGUCUGUCGGAGUACAAGUUCCUCCUGAAAGCCAUUGUCAACUCCGGCAUUGGCGAGAACACGUACGGGCCAAGAAUCGUCUUUUCCGGCAAGGAAAACAAUCCCACCUUGCGGGAUUCGCUGUCGGAGAUGGAGGAGUUUUACGAGGACAGCGUGGCAAGGCUGUUGUCCAAGUCGGGGAUUUCUCCUUUGGAAAUCGACGUUCUCGUCGUUAACGUCUCCAUGCUCUCCACCGUUCCUUCCUUAGCCGCAAGAAUAAUCAACCAUUACAAAUUGAGGGAGGAUAUUAAGGUCUUUAACCUCACCGGAAUGGGGUGCAGCGCCAGCCUUAUCUCCGUCGAUCUCGUCAGAAAUCUGUUCAAGUCGUACAAGAAUUUGUACGCUCUCGUCGUGACUUCCGAGUCCCUGAGCCCCAACUGGUAUUGCGGGAACGACAGAUCGAUGAUUCUCUCAAACUGUUUGUUCCGGUCCGGUGGCUGCGCGUUGCUUUUGACCAACAAACGCGCGUUGAAACACAAAUCGUUGCUCAAACUGAAGUACCUCGUACGAACACACCACGGCGCUAGAGAUGACUCGUACGGCUGCUGUAUGCAGAUGGAAGAUCCGCAAGGGAAGCUCGGGUUUCAUCUCGGCAAGAGUCUUCCGAAAGCCGCUACACGCGCUUUCGUCGACAACCUACGGGAGAUGUCGCCGAAGAUUCUUCCGAUGAGGGAGCUUCUGAGGUUUCUGGUUUUGUCUCUUGUCAGGAAAAUGAGACGAACCGGGUCCAACAAAACCGGGGGAACAAAAACAGCUGUGAACUUCAAAACCGGGGUCGAACAUUUCUGCCUCCAUACCGGCGGGAAGGCGGUGAUCGACGGCAUCGGAAUGAACCUCGACCUUAGCGAGCACGAUCUGGAGCCGGCGAGGAUGACCCUGCACCGGUUCGGAAACACGUCGGCGAGUAGCCUCUGGUAUGUUUUGGGGUACAUGGAGGCGAAGAAGCGGCUGAAGAAGGGUGACAGGGUGUUGAUGAUAAGCUUCGGUGCCGGCUUUAAAUGCAACAGCUGUUUGUGGGAGGUGGUGAGGGAUUUGACCGGCGAAGGAAAUGUUUGGAAGGAUUGCAUUGAUGGCUACCCACCAGAGCGCUUGGAAAACCCUUUCAUGGCCAAGUUCGGUUGGAUCAACCAGGAGGAUGAAAGCACCUUCAAACUCCACGACUCUUAAAAAAAAAAAAAAAAAACACUUUUACUUAUGGUUUAUUAAAAGUACUGGCUUUAAUUUCUUUCUUACCCUAUUUUCAAUUAUUUCUCUGUACACUAUAAGAACAGCUUCUUGAAUAUUAUUGUUGAAAUUUCAUCUGAAUAAUGUUAUACGUCACCUUCUUA